AUGAUGAGCUUUGAAGGAGGCACGGGCUACGCCGAGUCGGACGCCGACGACGAGUACGAGCAUCACCUGGGCGACCACUCGCCCGUGGGCGAUUCCGAGACGUCGCCCAUGGGCUCCGAGCUGUCGACGUCGGCCGAGCACACGCCCACCACGUACGGCCAUCGAAGCAGCAUGGACCGCCUGCCCGAGACGAUUAUUACCGAGUGGACGGCCGAGGAGUGCGCGGAUUUCAUCAGUGCCAUCGGGCUGCCGCAGUAUGCCGAUACAUUUCUGGAAAACGACAUUGUUGGAGAGGCCCUGGUUGCCCUGCUGCAUGACGAUCUCAAGAGCAUGGGCAUCGCCAGCGUGGGCCACCGUCUAACCAUUCUCAAGAGCGUCUACGACGUCAAAAAGGCUCAAGAUAUCCCAAUUGAGAGCGAUCACUACCUACCACUCUCCGCCGAUGCCGAAGCCCAAUACGCUACAGCAACGCUCAAAGACAUCAGACACCUAGUGGAACAGCUUCGGUUGCGGGACGAGCGGAUGAGCCUGCUGGAGCAGGACCUGCGGCGGAUGAACGAAGACUUUAAGCGCCUCAGGGAGGACAUGCUGCCGGCGCUGCGGCUUGUCAAGGACGUUCAGCACCCGCUGCCAAACGUUUCUGGGCCCAGCCAAGCAUACGCAUACGAAGCCACUCUCUCUCCGCCCGCGCCAACGCCACCCGGCGCCCAGCCCGGCGAUCGAGGCGUGAAGCGACAGUACUCACAGCGACGAAUCCUGAUAGGAGCUACGCCCAAGAGCAACUCACCGACGCAAGCGACGCACGACCAGCGGAUCAUGCCGGAACAGACGCUGGACCCGUCCAGCGCGGCGGAGAGGGCGGUCAUGUCGUCGACGCACCUGGCCGCCAUGAACGGCGCCCCCUCUGUUUCCACGACCGGAUACCCCUCCCCCGUCAUGCCAUCACCGACGUCCCCAAUGAACCACAUGAGCGGCACCACUCUUGGCUCUCGAAGCUACAACUCGACCCCUUCUGUACGGUCGACAUUCAUCGAGCCGGAUCUCGGCUACAAUUCACGGGACAAGGCCGGUGGCGGGUCGAUUCGACGACGCGAGACGCCCGUUCCCGAGACGCCCAACCCCAAGGACUCGGUCGAAAUCUUCAAGUCGUUCCGAGUAAGCAUGGACGACCCGUGCUACAAGGUGUUGCCGGCUGCGCUUAAGAAGUAUCAGAUCAACGCACCUUGGGACCAGUACGCUCUGUACAUUGUCUACGGCGACCAGGAGCGCUGCCUUGGGAUGGACGAGAAGCCUCUGAUUCUGUUUAAGCAGCUGGAUAAGGAAGGCAAGAAGCCCAUGUUUAUGCUGCGCAAGACAAACAGUGCCCAGGUGGACGGCGACCUCCCCGGCAUGAGCAUGAACCCGGCAAGAGGAGCUUCAACGGGCUACGAUCCGCCGGGAGGCAUCAUCUGA